UUCAUUCCCAGCCUGUGAUGCCCAACCAACAGGAAGCGCGGAUUGAUUUCUCCACAGCAAAGCAAGGGCGGCUGAAAAAAAAUCAAAGCAGAGCUGAUCGAAGGUUAAACCAUAACCCUGGGAUUAAACAAAAGGGGGGAAAACGCUUCUUUUACGCGUAAAACUGACGUGCCAUCCGCUUAAAGAAAGGAUUGUUCUCACGGAGAUGGGAUCUACCUCCAGGGUCCCCACCUGCUGGGCACCGUAAUGGUGGUGAGUAUCCAUCCAGGUCUUUCCAGAACAGUCUCAGCCUCUUUUACACCUAACAAGUUACUAUAGCUGUGAAGAAAAAUGCGCCGAAACGUUAAAAAAAAAUGCACUUUGACGCAAUAAGAGAGUGUGCGAAACACACGCGUCACGCAUUUUUGGUUGUAGUUCGUCUUUUAUAAGAUUUAUAUGAUAUUCAUCCGCUAAUUACGCAUGUUAAACUCGGAGUAACCGGUUUGACGCGCAUUUCAGACAUUUCUCAUGGCGUAGAUGUGUCUGAAAACGAAGCGCAAAUUAAUCUCCCAUUAUUGCACCAAAUUAAAAUGGACGAAAAUAACCUCCUUUGAUUAUGAGUAAUCCCUACAUGCACGGGGAGGAAAAGCCCCCGUGGUUACAGGUCCCCUUUGGUGUGAAAAUGUAUGCGUAAUAUGUUUGGCAAACAAGGCAAACGCACGACGAGGAUUAGGUUAUUGCCUCUAAAAGCCACUAACUCGGCUGACAAAACCCCAUAAAGGUCUGUUUCUAUUUUUGGAGGCUCUCUGUGUAGGUGGAUGGAUUACAAGCAAAAGACACAUCUGGCGAGGACACGCCCAGACUCAUUCAAACCCAUUCAUGGAGGGCUAAUGUAAACCUUUAUUAUCCCUGGGAAAAAACAGCCUUCACUUGGAGCAAGACUUUGAUUCAGAGGGAUGGAGUUGUCUCUUCAGUGUGUGCCCGAGAUAAUAUGAAUUUAUAGGGGGAAUUAGAGCAGAUUCAAUCACAGUUCACGGCCCCUAACUGGCCCCCGAACCUUAGUUUGGGCGGCAGUGGUUUCCAGGAGAUGUUGAUGGGUGGCAGCAUACGAAAGCGUCAACCUCAGUCGCUCCCUCACCGGUGCCUUCGCCUUCCUUGUUAUUCCUGCUCUGUUUGGGUGUCGUCGUCGUCGAGUUGUUGCUGCUGUUGGCGUAUCUUCGGGGAGAGGUUGGACAGUCGGUAUGGCAGCGGAGAUUUCGACGGGUUUUCGUGCGUUUGAAGUGCGAAAAGUGUCGUUUUUGGAGUGAUGGAGGUAACGAGGAGACAUCAUCAACAUGGCGACAGCUGCUGCGGCCCCCUUGGCUCGCUUUGAAACCGCGUCAGUUCAGGUAUCGUCUGGCAUGCACCCUUUUUAUCAUUUCUGAUCCCUUAUUAGAAUUAAGGAAUAUUUCCUCUCACAUAGUGUCAUGUCAGUGUUGAUCUGUUGCUCUUAAGAGAUUAAGGAUAAAAAGAAUAAAACAUGGUGUACUGUAGACACGUCUGCCACCUUUGGACUGGAACAGGUAGGCUACCAAAUGAGGCAAAAACGUCUCUUAGUGCGUAAAUGACGCGUAAAACUCGUUUUAACAUCUCUGAAUACUGCUCUGAUUAUGACUAAUAGGCAGGGGAGAGUGGGGUAAGUUGAGCCACCUCCUGUUGAUCAUUGAUCAUGUGACCAAAUAUUUAGGAGAUGGGCAUCAAUUCAUGGAGUCUGUUAAGGUUAGAAGCUCAUGGGUGAAGAGGUUAGACAUUUAUUUACAAAAAGUGAAUUUACUCUGUCAUGAGUUUUGUUAGAAUUGUGUUCAGACCAAAAAAGAUCAUUUUAAAUCAGUUUUAUACAUCAAUUGUGGUAUCUAUGAGCUACAACAUAAGGUCAAGAGCCAAGCAUAUAAAGUCCACCAUUUUAGUUUCGAGGACUAAUAAAGUCAUCAUAGUAGUUCUGGGGUAACUGAGAAAGUAAAGGAGUCUGAUGAGAGGAUCAGAGUUUCAGUUCAGGUUGUUGAAAUGUUUUACUUUUUCUUUUCAAAAAUACAGAUCUGUGAAUGUUCUGAAUCACUUAAAGACAUUCUCAUGUUAAAAUGGCUUUUUACAAAACCGCUUUUUAGCAGUUAUAUGCAAUAAUAAUAAAUAUAUAUAUUGUACCAGUUGAAUUGUGUAUAAUAGAUAGAAAUACACAUGAAUGUGAAGAAGUGACUGUUAUUAAGGGAGAGAGAAGGUGAGGGGGGGCUUUUUUUUGGUAUGCUAUAUUAUCAAGACAGUUCUGUUUACACUCAUUCUGUUGGAUUGCAGGGAUGAACAACAUCUUGAAAUAUAUGCAGAUACACUAGUUAGAGACAAAACUAUGAUUGCCUUGAUGUAAUGAUCUUACCCCAGCACUUUCAGUACCAUGGACAGCAGCGCCCUUCUGACACCAUGUCAGCUGACAUUUCAGUCGUUCAGAUAAAACUCGAGCACUUUCAGCAGAUUGAAAGCAAAUGUCUGGCUUUGGAAAUAAACAAAGAAACUAGAAUUAGUUGCAAACAAAACGUAUUGUCAUGUAUUAUUUGUAGUAUGAGGCAGCUGCUCCCACUCUUUCACACUCUGAACAGUGAAACAUCUGUCUUUAGUGAUGCCAUGACACUAUGAACACCUGGGCAUGCAAAUACAAUCCAAUACAAGAGUUUAUCUACUUUCAAAGAGCUUCUCAGUUCUCAUACUUUUUGACAUUAUCAGACAGGUGGUCAUUAGACUAAAUAUUUAGCCCAUUUUUGAUCAAGGUAGACAGAUUAUGUGUUUUGUGUUUGAGUUUGUGAGAUUCAAUGCAUGCAAAUUCCAAAUUCAAUAACAGUCCAAUGAACUAUAAUCAGUAUCAGUAUCAGCCCUGCAAUAUCAGUCAGCCUCUCAUUAUUUGAGACAUUGUGGGUGGUGUUGGUGUGCUGUGUUGAAAGCUUAAGGGAGCAAAAUAUAAGUUACACUUCUCAAUAUAACGCACCUCACUACUUCACCACACUUCCUACUACUUGUGUGUAAUUAAGUGAAGUUUAUUAGAUAUAGCACCUUUCACAGAGCACUUCAUAAAAUAGCAGGAAUAAAAACAAUAACAUUAAAAAGACACAAAACAAAAAGUCAGCGGUAACAAAUGUAAUACAAUAAGAUAACAGUUAAAGCAUGAAUUCUUGUUGUUAUAUCCUAAAGUUCUCUUCUGGUUUUUACUUUUCGUCUGGUUUCUGUUCUGCUCUUACUUUCAGCACCAUGGACAGCAACUCCACUUUAACACAGCGAGCAGACACCAAACAAUUAGCUCAACUAAUACUCGAAAAAAAUGAUAUUUGGUUCCCACAACGUGCCGUACAAUGAGGCAGGUUUCCUCUUGUUUGCUUUGUAAGGCAGCUGCUCCCACUCUUUAGCAGAGCGGACAGCGAAACAUCUGUGCGUGGAAAAAUAGAGCAAGUGUUUAACUCAAGGGCGCUUAAAGGAGGCAUUAUCGCCGUAGUGAAGGAGACAUGGCAAGUGCCAUAGAAAGGACAGAUUUUCCAAUUCUGGUUGCUCAGAGAUAAUUGUUAACAGUUGUUGGUCGCUUUGGCGUCUUGGAGUUCGAGCCUGUUUGCUACAAAUGGUGUCGCUGAGCUUUUAAAGGCAGUUGGUUUGCAGGGAUUUGAUGGCAGGAAGGCAUGUGCUGAAUAAGACUGGCAAUGUGUCAUGGUAGCGUCAUUUUCACAGACUUUUGACCUCAUAGAAAUAAUGACAUUCAAGGUCAAGAACUUGACAGCUAUAUGAAUCCUGAUGUCGAUACUAGAAGGCAGAAUCUAUGCCAGUGUUAGAGCUGGGUGAUUAAUGUGAUCGCAAUUUCUACUAUCUGUCCCUGCAGUCAUAAAAUUAUGAUAAUCGAGAAUAAAUGAUAUUGUGAUGGAGCUUUAUCAGCAGAAAAUAUUGACUUAACAGAUAUCAGCCAGGCUUUAACCAGACAUAACAAACACUCAGUGUGUUUACAUGCACAACGUAAUUGGACUAAACUCAUAAUUUCUUUUUUCGACGAAUCAGACUUCUCUCCUUGUCCAGGUAUACAUACAAUUGAGAAAAUUGUGUCCUGAGAAAGUGUCCUGAUCCCCAAAACUAGGGGGCGAUAUGGGUCUUUUCUGCUGUGCUGUUUCUGACCCCAUACAACAGUCAACAACAACAGCAGGUCCGUGCCAGAUGUCAGAAGUGUCUACAACUGAUGCUGGGCAUUUUUGAGCAAGAAGAUGGAGCAUCGUACAGCUUGUUUUUGACGUACUUGAUGUACAUGCUACUUUUUAUGCAGAUGAGACGCACGCUACUCCUCUUCUGUGGUGUUUUCGUUCUGGGGGUUACGGGGGCGUGGCGCAUGCGUACAUGCAUUGUCCAAUCAUACUCUGACUACACUAGUUACAUGGUAUCCAAUCUGGUUGUCUUAAUAAGAGUUCUUCGACUCCAAUCGGAGUUCUCAAACGCCGAUUAUAGUCAGACUAAGGUGUACUUUAGUUGUCCAGUCUUAAUCAGAGUAAGGCAAUAAUUCGGUUUACUUGAGUGUCAUUGAACGCACAGCUGUCUAUAUGUAAACAAGAUCACUUCUGAUUCUUGGACGUCAUGAUUACUUUCAGUGCCAGGACUAACAAGUGUAGAUCUGACUUCAGCCCCCACAUGCUUUGAGUCUCCAGGGGUGGCCAUCCUGUUAGCUUGGUCCAGAGGUGGGUGUGGAUGUCAGGCCUGCAGGGUCGAUCAGGACUCACGACACUCCACUGCUACCGCUGCCACCCAGUAUCUCGUGCCAGACCAGCUGUCAGGCCACAUGUCACAACACUGGCUCCCCGGGCUGUCUUUGGGACACAAGCAGAUGUGUUGUACGAAAGGCCCCUUUGGUAGAGGCUGCAAUUAAUUCCCAGUAAAUUCUUAGAAAUACAACAUUCACUGGCCGCUGUGGCUUCCUAAUAAGCUUCCACUUAAACGGUAAUGGAUGCCAGACUUGGCUGUGAACCACAUCCCUCGUUUCCUCGAGCUCAAAUUCACCAUUCAGUUAUAUAAAGGCAUAACAGAACAUUCAUGUUUUGGGAAAUUUUUUGCUAUUGUGUUAUUUACUGUUUCAUUAUCCUCCCAGAUGAAAUGGUGUGAAUCACUGCAUUCCAGAUUUUGAGAAAACAGUCCCAACCUAAGGUCAUAUUACUCAUAUCUCCAUCAGCAGAUUGACGUCAGAGAACGAUUCAAACUUUUCCCUUUUUUUUGGACGGACUGAGGCGGCACAGUGGUGUAGUGAUUAGCACUGUUGCCCCACAGCAAGAAGGUCCUGGGUUCAGGGCGUUGCUGUGUGGAGUUUGCAUGUUCUCUCUGUGUCUGCACAGGUUUACUCUGGUUUCCUCCCACAUCCCAAAAACAUGUAGACGUGGGGUUAGGUUAAUUGGUUACUUUAAAACUGUAUCUCCAUCUUCUUGCUCAAAAAUGCCUAGGAGCAGUUGUAGCCACUUCUGGCGUCUGUUGUUGUUGGGUCAACCGGACACAGCGCCGCCGAAAAGACCCAUAUCGCCCCCUAGUUUUUGGGAGGAGGACACGUUCACAUCAAUAAAUCGAUUUUCUCAGCUGUAUGUACAUGCAGACAAGGAGAGAUGUCCGAUUUGGCAAAAAAAAAAUAAAAAAUUAUGAGCUUAGUCCGAUUAAACUGUGCAUGUAAACGCACCGACUGAGUGACAAUCAGACUCACCUGGUCCUGAGAAUUUAAAGGCCCAGAGUCUGAAAAGGCAUUUGGUUGGGAACUGCUGCCCUGCUGCCUCUCAUUUGUGUUGUACGUCCUUUGUGUUUAAUUAAUUUGUUCUUUUGUCACUAUAAAUCACUUGUUAAACUUUUGAAGGUAUUUUGUCACUUUAAUGGGUCAAAAUUUGAGGAGAGUUGUUAGCUCCAUAGGGUCGCCAAGCUACAGGAGGCGCACUCACCAGGUGGGGUGGCAAAACGUUAUUUUUCCCAUUCAGACCAGCGAGCUUGUACCUUAGGUUUAUCCUGCAGGUGUAUAGAAAGUUUAACAUUGAAGACUAAAUCAUAAGUUGGUUCCUUGAGUACAUUUGAUCCAUGAAAGCUCGACCUUUUCUGACUGGGAGAUAAAGUGAAAGGUUUCGACUCGGUUAAGCUUUGGUGGCACGUAUAGUCUAAAACUCGGCGUAUAUAAAUAACUCCGCCUUGGUGUUUGGGGAAAUGUUAUUGUUGUCUUGACUUUCUCUUGCCUCCCACUCGGACGCGGCCUGAAUGUCAAUAGAGCUUGAAAGUCAUUCAUUCUCUUUCCUCAGACUGGGGCGGCCUCUAGUCCGACGUUUCCAUUCAGGAAGUGGUAGAAACCUGAUGACUCAUACAGAGACACUUUUAAGCAUAUAACAGAGAGGGCAGCUCCAGUACGGCGUCCCACGAGGAAGAAAAUCCCCCUUUGGUGCUCUUUAGCUGAUAAAGCUCAUGAGGGUUUCUUCAGGGGGAAGGCUUUGUUCCUGUGCUUCCUACGGGAACAAGACGAGCUUGUGGGUGCGAGGUUUGGCAGAUGGUUCGCAAAGGGAAAUCUCGGGUUGAGGCUGACUGUCGCAAAGGGAGGAAAAUCAAUAGUUCCUGAGCGCUGUUAUGAAAACAGUCCAUAUUUUACCAAUUUGAGGCUUUAUACCAAUCAAUUAAAGCACUUCCUCUAAUCCACCACAAAACACUCUCUCGGUGAAACAAUCGCAGCUAUUAAAGAUUCACACAGAGAAACAAAUGGGAAAAUUUGGCGUAAUUCUGAUUCCCCCUGGAGAGUCUUGUGUUUGUCUUUUUCUCAUGCUGUCCACUUGAGUCGACGCUGGCUAUUUUUGUGUCCCAGGGAAUUAACUAAACGCACGUCACAAACACCAGACCCUUUAUUUAUGGCUCGUGAAAAUCUCCCCCUCCUCCUACCUGUGACCUCUGAUCAUUAUAAUCAAAUAGAUAGCUGUCAUCGAAGUAUAAAAGCAAUUCAGGCAUCUUCAGCAGCUUUCUUUUUCAGCCACUCCAUGUAAAUGUGAUGGCAUUUAACAUGUCUGAAUCAGAGUCUGAGUCAUUCUUAUGUAAAAGUCAAAUCAACAGGCUCUCUCAGUCGGUCCUUUGACACUUCAAAGCGUCAAAACACUCAAGAAAAGGUUGGAUGCAUCAUGUUCAUCUGAUCUUGAUUGGUUUAGUCUGGAUGGACGUGAUAUACGGGAUGCAGUCGGUAUAAAUAAACUGCACUUGAAGGAGGAAUAUUGACCCCUCACCCGUUUUCCCCCUUCGCAGCUCUCUGCCCCAGCUGAGCCCCUCGCUGCCCUCUGACGGAGCAGGAUGACAAGAUGGCGCAGCUGCUUGUACCGCCCGGACCUGACAGCUUCCGCCCCUUCGUCCCCGAGUCGCUGGCCGCCAUCGAGAGGCGCAUCGCCGAGGAGGAGGCCCGGAGACCACGGGUGGACCGCCGCAGCGACAGCGACGAUGAGAACGGGCCCAAGCCCAACAGCGACCUGGAGGCGGGGAAAUCCCUGCCUUUUAUCUACGGGGACAUCCCGCCCAAACUGGUGUCCACCCCCCUGGAGGACAUGGACCCUUUCUACAGCAAUCAGAAGGUUCGUCUUGAACACCGUUAAAUUCUUUAUUUGCCUCAAGUUUGGAAAGUUUCAGGUCUUUACUUUUCAAAACAAACCCUCGGUGCUUGGAGGUAAACACACGGGGAGAUAUGGCGAUUUCCUCCCACAUGAGCUGCCAGCUGAUUACAUGACGGCAUAUCAAAUUUUAGAAACAGAUGCUUAUUUUCAAACUUUCCCACAUUAAAGACAAUCAAAUUUGUGUUUUAUAUUCGUGUUAUAUACUCAUAAAUCCUACUUCUCUAACACUUACCUCUUCAAAAGAAUCUGCAGAAAGCAUACGUUCAAAUUCUCGGUGGUAACUUUUUUCAUGUCGACGCCGCCGCCAACUGUUUGACAUUAAUUUAAGACGGUGGCGGCGUUAGUAUUAAGCAUUAACAGCCAAGUCCGAGUCUUUUACAGCACAGGCCAACGGAGGUGUUAAUGCUGAUCCGAGCGGCUGUGCCAGGUGACUGCGGUGCCAACAUAUCCCGCCUGGAGUGCAGCGACAUUUUUAUAACCACAGACCUGACCGGACGCCAGUUUAUCCUCUCUGUUUUGAUGAUGCACACUGUCUCUCAUGCGUCAGGAUGUAACAAAUGUGUCUUCUUCUUCUUCUCUCUCUCUUUUUCUUUCAGACCUUCAUAGUAUUGAAUCGCGGGAAGGCAAUCUUCCGUUUCAAUGCCACUCCUGCCUUGUACAUCUUAAACCCCUUCAACCCUCUGAGGAGAGUCGCUAUUCGAGUUUUAGUACACUCAUAUCCUUUUAUUGUGCGCUGUUCUCACAGCCUGAUUCAGAUUUAAGGGUUUAUCAGACAAAAGGAGGUGCUGAUUAGAAAGACUUCAUGUUGUAAUUGGUCCUCACAUUCGAUAAGGACAUAUAUUCACAUUCAGCUGAAUAAUAAUGGAUGUACAGAAUUAUAAAGAUCAUUAUCUACUUGAAAGAUUAAAUCAGAGAUAAUGCUAAAAUGAAAAAAAAUAAACACAAGCGCUGUUUGUUUGUUUGUUUCCUUGACUUUGACUCUACCCUGUUCAGCAUGUUGAUCAUGUUCACCAUCCUGACCAACUGUGCUUUCAUGACCCUCAGUAAUCCUCCAGAAUGGGCCAAGAAUGUAGAGUAAGUUUCUCUCAUUUUCUCUCAAACUAAAAUGUGUUUUUUGAUCUGCAUUAACAAUUUCAAAAUCAAGACGUUUUAUAAGUCCCAAAAAAGUUACUCUGCUUUAUUGGACGUUUACUCUUCUGUUUUCAUACAGUCCUGUAACUUUUGAUUAACAGGAAGAAGCAUCUACGCCAUUUCAAAAUAAAAGUGUGUUGCUGCAACUGCGGCUCAAAUCAUAACACAAGAGAGUUAAGUUAAAAGCAAAUUAACAAAGUUUUGAGGUGAAAGAAACUCAAAGCACGAAAAGAAGACUUAAUAAUGUCAACUUUUGUUUGUAUUAAUAAAUAAUAUUAAAUUACAUUAUCAGUUAUAUUAAUAAAUUCUGACACUCUUCUCAACAUCUCAACUUUUUUCAAAAGUGUAUCGUAGAAAACUUUCUUCUUAAAGCUCCUGUGAGGAACUUUUGAUCUGGCGCCUCCUGUGGACAAAGCGGUGUUUAGUCAAGAAGCGUCUCCUGACAAAAGUCUAAUUCUGCUGAGUUUGGACAGUCAAAUUUAUCAUUAAUCAUGUACAUUAUUAAUUAUUAAUAUUGUUUAUUAAUAUUAAUAUCAUUAAUUGUGAAUAUUAUUAAUUAUUAAUAUCAUUAAUUAAUAUUAAUAUCAUUAAUUGUGAACAUUAUUAAUUAUUAAUUUAAUUAAUUAAUAUUAAUAUUAUUAAUUGUGAACAUAAUUCAUUAUUAAUAUCAUUUAUUAAUAUUAAUAUCAUUAAUUAUGAAUAUUAUAAACAGAGGGCUGUUUCUGUAGCUGCUUGGCCGAGCUUCAGGCAUUAAAAAACCCAGCAAUUUUGUCCCUGAUGGACUUUUAUGCUUUUUUUAUUAUCAUAAAAAGGCAUCAAAAAAAUCUAUUCUAUUUAUGUAAAGAAGAGCUUUAAUUUUUUAAAAUCUCAUCCCUGUUCUCAUUGAAUCAAACAAAAUAAGCAUUUAUGAGAUGUGACCUCCAAAACUCCAAUCAAAUCAGUCUGUCACCUUGCCUCUAAGAAGCUAAAUUUCCUCUCUCUGCAUCUCUUCCUCCUCUAAUCCCUCUCUUCCUCACUCUUUUUGCCCACUAGGUACACGUUCACAGGAAUUUACACCUUCGAGUCUCUCAUAAAGAUCCUGGCCAGAGGCUUCUGCGUGGGGAAGUUCACUUUCCUGCGCGACCCCUGGAACUGGCUGGAUUUCAGUGUUAUCCUCAUGGCGUAAGUAUUGUGACAGGCAGUGUCAGGAUCAGCUUAACGUGAUUUGGCGUAGAUAGAGGGGGGGCAACGAGCGCUGUCUAAUGCUAAUCGUGAGGAAGAGGAGUGGGAUAAUCUGAAGCUUAUGGUCAAAAAUCUCAAAUCUGGUCUGUUUUAAUAGAUGUAAUUCCCUUCAGCAUGAACUUUCUUGGCCUAUAUUUGUUGCACGCUUCAACUGAUUUCUCUCCCUGAUUCCAUAAAAAAGGCCUUCAGCGCUGGGUUUUACAGUGCAGUUUUGAUGCUUGUAAAGUAGCAUUUGUUGCAAACUGUUCAAACCUGUGACCUUGUUCUGUCAGAGGGGGUUGUAUCAUGUCUCAGAUGUGUGCUUUUCUACUCUUGGUAACUGUGCAUUUGAUCCUGCAGGUAUAUAACAGAGUUUGUAAACCUAGGCAAUGUUUCAGCUCUGCGCACGUUCAGAGUAUUGCGAGCUUUGAAAACUAUCUCAGUUAUACCAGGUAAGGCCGCCUGCGCCUGCUGCCAGCACUCCUGCCAUUUGUCCUCUGUGCGUGACCGUUUGCCGUUCCCUCCCUCCCCCGACCCCCAUCCAAAUCCUUUUGUCUUGUCCCGCCAUGUGUGUGGGUGCCUGAUUUGUAUGCGCGCGUGUAUGCUCUAUCCUCCCCUUCCUCCCUUUCCUCUUCCUCCUUCCCCCUCCCUUCCCUUACAGAUAUGUCACAGAGUUUGUGGACCUGGGCAAUGUCUCAGCACUGCGAACCUUCAGGGUUCUGCGAGCCCUGAAAACUAUAUCAGUCAUCCCAGGUGAGAGAGCCACCCAGGCCCUGUAGGGUUUAACCAAACGCGAACGGCUAUCUGGCUAGCAUCCCAGCACAUCUCAGCCUGACGAUGUCGCCGUAUCUUCAUGCUGCCUUCUUCCCAAGGCCAGUAAAAGCUGGAAUCUGGCUCCAAUCUGCACAGAUUGACAUGAUUCAUAGCUUUUAGAUGCAUCCUUUAAGGCUGAGAUCCUUUUGGUUGAAAUCUAUUCUUGCCUUGGGAGACUUACGAGUAGAUUUUGUGCUCUAUUUGUUUUUUUACUUUCUGCAUGAGACAUUGCAAAAGCCUAUUUUUCUGGUGGCAAGCACUUCUGUGUGAAGGGGUUCCUCCUUACCUUGUUUUUCCUGUGCAUGUCUUGUUCAAUGUCUCGUGUGUGGGUGUGGGUGUGUGUGUGUGUUUGGAGAAAUCGUGGUGAGCGGUGGUUGGAUGAUGGCGUUCUGAACACUAACACUUUUGCAUCACGUUGACAAAAACUAACACAAAGACCAUCCAGGACACCUUGGGAAGCUUGUCAUUGGCUUGGACAUCAUCUACUCAAACUUGAACAACACAUUAAGAUUCUACUUUAACAUUUUAUGCUGAAUUUUUGUAUUAUUUCAAAGUCUAGUGCAAAUAGACCUUCAUGAAAAAGUGGUUUUAGUCUACUUAUCUUAAUCUCAGCAAGAAAUAUAGUAAAACAAUUUAUUUACAUGUAAAACUUUGUGAGCCUUUAUUACAAAUAAGAGCUCAAUUUAGCUGUUGUAAAGGCAUGGUUGACGAUCUGAGAAACAGUUGAAAAAAACUGAACCGUUGAGGCAGAUUUGAAAAAAGCGUCCCACCCCCCCACUCACAAACCUCUCCCCUUUGUGCUCCACGAUAACUCCCCCAUGAACCUGUAUCGCCCCCUCUGGCAGAGCAAGAAGCCGGCCAGCAGAAGAUCCUACGCUAGCUUCAAAUGGGAUUCACCAUGUCGGAUUGUUAGUGACUAGCGGAAGUAAACACCAGUUUUGCUAGCGAGCGCCAUCUGCAGCUGCCUGGACAGCUACCAUGUUGACUUUGCAGAGACUAAUAAGAGUUAUUUAUGUAACAUGUGCCAAGAUAAAAGGUGAUAAAAAUGACCUGUUCAACAAAAACUCUGCGUCUUUUUUAAGGGCCAAAUCCUGGCGGAGCUUUCUCUACCGCUCGAAGGAUGACCCGAUGUUUACUCCAGUUAGAUUCCUCGCUUGGUCACAUUUCCUUUUUGACUCCACCCCUUCUUGUCGGCUUGAUUUUUCUUAGCACUUUUGUGGCAGGGCAAGCAGAAGCAAUUUUUAUACGUCCUUAAGCUGUCGCUAAGCUGCUACGCUACUUUUAGCCGCUGAGAAUUCUGAGGAGGGCCGGGAGAGUGGGAGGGGACGAGUCGGAACUACAGGAGAGGGGUGUGUCGAACAAAGCGAGCAGGACAUUACCAAUAGGAGCUGUCCGGGAUGCGAUAUUCUUUUUUGGAAGGAUGGUAGGGUAAAGUCCCGCCUCCUUCACCUCUGCUGGAAACGUCAUCACACGCUCAAGCUAAACGUGGUGUGUCGGCUCUGUACAUCGAUCAGAACGUUACAGAACAUUAUCACACUUCUGAAUCUCCUAACCCUAACUCUAACCUGACAGACGAUGACGUUUCGAAGCCAUAAGGACUAACCAAUCGGAGCCCAGCAUUUCUAGCCAAUCAGAGGCAAAGGAGGACGGGACCUUCCCCUGUUAUCCAACAAAAAAAAAUGAUGAUGACUCCCGUUGGUCAAUGUUUUUGCAGCCCUGGACCUGCGAGGGUGAAUGUUUAUUUUUCCGUUCUUUUUUCUCUUCACUUUGUUGAGAUCGCACUAUCGGACCAUGAUCGCCAUAGAAACGAGGUUCAUCAUAGUUACCAAUCUCUCCAAUCGUCAACCAUGUCUUUAAAAGCAGCGUUACAGGUGAACAUGUAGAGGAAAAACCCACAUAAAAACAUCAUUUAUUGUAAUUUCAUCUGCACUAUAACAGACGUGAGAAACAGAGUUUCUCUUGUGCACCAUAAGCAGUGAUCUGUGCCAGCAUGGUUCCUGUAUGAACGCCCGUAAAAUCAUACAGGAACCUCCAUCCAUCCAGAUCCUGCUGGCUGCUUGCUGCUGUUAGCUUCUAUUAGCAGCUUCUUCUGUUUAGAAGCGAGUGGCUGUAUGAAACACUAAUCACCCUGCGAUGUCCCUCUCCCGCCCCCUCGCCCUCUCCCACAUCCAGGUUUGAAGACCAUCGUCGGCGCCCUCAUCCAGUCCGUCAAAAAGCUAUCGGACGUCAUGAUCCUCACCGUUUUCUGCCUCAGCGUCUUCGCCCUCAUUGGCCUGCAGCUCUUCAUGGGCAACCUGAGGCAGAAGUGCGUUCGCGUGAUGCUCAACAGCACCAUCAACGAUAGCGCCAUUUCUGAUGACACCAUGUUCUCCAACUACAGCCUGAUGGAGCUCAACACCACGUUUGUGCAGAAUGUGACGGGGGUAAAUUGGACGGAGUACAUCAACGAUGAGAGUAAGAAGAGCCGGGGGAGUGCUCGGUUAACCGGGGUCAAGUUAGAGUCGGAUACAGAUGGUAUGAGUCAGAUAGGUGCUGCUUUGGAUGCAGAGAUGGGUCAGGGUGGUGGUGGAAGAGAGGGGGGAGGUCGGGCAUGUUGGCCCGCCGUGGUUAUAAGGAGUGACAGGAUGGCUGCGAGCACGGGCCAAGCUUUCAAGCAAAGGCUGGUGGGGGAAUGUGGGAAAUGUGGCAGAUAAUCGCCACAACAGUGAUACCCCCCUCUCUGCCCGCCAUCACUCUCCCUCGGCCCAUCUAUGUGGCAUGAGCAGCUGAAAGUGCAGCCUGAGUCACUGACUGUCAGCAGGAUAUCGAGGAGACGUGCAGCAGCUCCACGACAAGCUGAUGCCAGAGAAAGAAGAGAAGGGACAAGAGAGAGAAAGAGAGACAGGGAUGAUUCAAAUGGAAGGGCUGUGAUUAAAUCUGGUGUUUUUAUUGUAUCAUUGAAUUUGUUCUGGCAGGCUGGAUGAAGAAGAGCAGCUUUUUGACGUCAUUCAAGCACAUGCAUUGUUUGUCAGGCCUUUUAUUGUUGUCAUUUCGCUGCGCCAUCGUGGUAUUUGAAGCUAGAAAUGGUAAUUCUGAGUCAGAGUCAUUUGUUCAUGUGGCUAUUUGCUACCAAGAAGUGCCUUGGAGAUGGACAAAGGUACUUUAUUGAUCCCAAACUGGGACUUUUUACUCUCAGUGGGAUGCAUAAUGGAAAAUAACUCAAUAAGGUCUAAGAAGCUAGUUCCAAGUCUGCCUCAAUCCAGCAUGAUGUAUGUUAUAUGUAGUAAACCUGUCCCUUAAGGGCUGAGGACAAAAGAGGGUGUGUCCAAAUAUGGUCACUUCCUGAGCAAACAAAAUGGCAAUGGAAAAAAACUGCUCAACUGACGUGGAAUUUAAUAGCGGAUGGGUGACUCGGUUCUGCGUUUGGUUUCGAUUCAGUGGCAGCUACAGAGCAGAGUGGGUGUAACUGCGUCCAAACGAAAAUGUGCUUAUUUUACACACGCACAACAACACUCACCAAAAGGAUGACUAAUGCUUUUGGGUGUUGAAAAAGAAAGAGCAAAUCACCACUUUCCUCUCGCUACAUUAUUACACCGCACAUACUGAAGAGGAACCCACAGGGUUCUUAUUGUUUUUCUGUCCGCCUAUCUUUCUCUUCAUUUUCUUCAUACCUGCUGCUUCACAACUGCGAUGAUGCUUUCACUGACCACACUGUGUGUCCCCUCUCCUCUAGGUAAUCACUAUUACCUCCCGGGCCAUAGGGAUGCUCUGCUCUGCGGGAAUGGCAGCGGUGCCGGGUAAGGCUUGACAUGUUUUAUUUAUAUGGCCAAUUAGACGCACCACAAAGCUGAGCAUAGACAAUUAGUGUUGACGCCGAGGCAUUGCAGGGAUCCAGAGUGCUAGUUAACCAGAAGUGAAUUCCCUUUAAUGUGUUUGGAAAUGUUAAAACUGCUCACUGAUUCUAAAAUGCUACCAAUCUGAUGCCAUCGAUACCAUUUAUCAUUCUGAAACAUAAACAUAGAUUAGAGAUGACGACUGCAUGCUGUCUGGCAAGGUAGUGUCCCCCCUGUUAAACCCAUUUGGGGAUGGAACGAUGAUGGUCUGCCACCCCCAGAGGCCCUCCAAAGAAAACAGAAGCAGGCUUCAAGAAAUGGUCAUGACGGACCUUCAUUUCGAGGGAUAUUCUAUCUUUUCUACCUUGAGAGAAAGUGAGAUACAAAAUAUGUAAAGCCCACAGAAACUUCACCCUUACCUGGAGUCCCUUUAGAAAAGAAUUUGUAGAAGGUUUUCCCCUUUCAGUGAUACAUCUUAAGUCAGGGGUGGGCGAUCGUGCCAUGGAGGUUUGGUGAAAUCACAUGGUGGAGUUUUGGGUUGGAAAGAAAACCUGCAGCCUCUCGGCCCUCCAUGGCACAUGAUUGCCCACCCCUGUCUUAAGUUGUAUUGGAUAGUUACUACCAUUUUAAAACAUUCUCAAAACAUUAAUUUACUGAACUUAUGAGAAGAGGUCACUCUCUGACUAUUUUUGUUUUAGUUUUUUUCUGUUUGAUUUAUUUUUUGUUCAAGAGCCUAAAGGGAGGGGGUCUAUGUUUGGAAGUUGUAUGUCUGCAAAAUAAAGUCUUAAAAAAUGGUCAUGAAAUAUUGGAAUGCCGAUUUGAGCUAAUUUUCAGCUCCAUCUGGACACCAGAGUUUGAGGACAGAGCUAGUUCAGGCAGGUCAUGGACUCCAGUUUAGCCGAUGGUACAAAAGGUGAUCGAAGACCAUAUCAGCUGACAGCUACACCAUGCAUCCAAUUAACAAAGGUCCAAAUAGGCAUUCUGUUUAAACUGUGGAGAUCUUUGCUGUUGCUCUCCCUACCUUGGCUUUUAUGCUGUUUAUUUGUUUGUUUGGAACUCCAUUAGCUUUCACAAAGUGGUUGCUAGUCUUCCUGGGGUACAAAAACUUAAAAUCACAAUACAAUUACAUUUCAAUGAUUAAUAAUAAAUAAUGUUACAGACUCAAUUCAUGAUUCUUCACAACAUUAAAACUCCAAUAUCUAUGCUUUUAUAGUUAUAGUCCUUUUAAAAUAAUACCUACUGCUUAUUUGCUGUGUGCUUGUAGGCAAUUGAUUACACACUUCCAAAGAUCUAAAUAAGAGAAUGGAACAAUUACAAGACAUGUUGAUGACAAUAGCGACUGUACACCAAUUUGUCCACAAAGAAAGUUGGAUACCCUGCGAAUAUGGCAGUAUGCAUAUGGUAAAGAAUAUUUAUAAUUAGCUUGUUGUGUACCUUUAACCACCCUAAGGCGUUGUGCAUCUCAUUCACAUUCGUUCAACUUUUAUACAGUAUCUUAUACAUGUAAUAGGGUGGACUUGAGGAAACCUUGGCCCUCAUUACACCUAACUACACCUAAUCUACGCUCAAUCUAUAUCCCCGUAGGCUGUGUCCAGAGGGCUUCGUUUGUAUGAAAGCUGGACGUAAUCCAAACUACGGCUACACCAGCUUCGACACCUUCAGCUGGGCCUUUCUGUCCCUGUUCCGACUCAUGACCCAGGACUACUGGGAAAACCUCUACCAGCAGGUUGGUAAAACUCUGAUAAUAAUACGCAAGUUUAUCAAAUGUAUUUAAGGUAGAUGACGUUAAAGUUUGGGAUGUAUUGUGUAUUGGAAAGCAGCGCAGCUCCGAGUGAGGGCUUUUAGUUUACCUGGAGUCAGUAAAAUUGUCCCUGAACAAACAUCCAUUUAGUUUAAAAAGAGCUUUUUGUAAAGGGUGUGUCAUUCUGUAAUUAGACCAAGCCUGUUAUGUAAGCUUUUGUUUUGUUUUGUUUUGUUUUGUCCUGCUCUAAUACAAUGCCGCAACUUGACAUUUGCUGUCACCAAACAACAGGAUGACCACAGCUAAACACGAAAUAUUGUGCUGCUCUGACUACAAAGCAGAACGGGGACAAAGAAACUGUCAUGGGUGGCUGGUUUUCUGAUAAAUUUCUAACAAUCCCUCCCUCACGUGUCCCGGUUCCAUCAGACUUUGCGGGCGGCUGGAAAACCCUACAUGAUCUUCUUCGUCCUUGUCAUCUUCCUGGGCUCGUUCUACCUGGUCAACCUGAUCUUGGCCGUGGUAGCCAUGGCUUAUGACGAGCAGAACCAGGCGACCAUCGAGGAGGCUCAGCAGAAGGAGGAGGAGUUUCAGGCCAUGUUGGAGCAGCUGAAGAGGCAGCAGGAGGAGGCACAGGUAGGACUUUUUUCUCUUUCUGUUUGGAGUUUUUGGUAGAAUUGAGCGUUUGGUAACAAGUCUGCAAGGAAUUAAUUAGAGUUAUGUUCUUAAACUUCUAUUUACUAAUGGUUUCUUCGAUGAAAGGGUUCACUGAGACUUCAGCAACAAGGGAGAUUUGGGACUAUCAGAAGACUAGGCCUGGGUUCAGUUAAAGCAUUUAUUGGCAUGUACGUUCAACUCAAAACCCUGUAGAUCAAAAAUUUCAACCUUUGCAAACGAUUUGCAGCAUCUAGAUUUCUAAACUGCCUGCAAUGCAUCAGACAAGAUAGAGCCCAUAUCUAUCUUUGGUGAUUUGACAGUAUAGAGGGAGUUGUUGUGGUUUUCUUUUGCUUAUCUGGGUCCGGGUCGCGGGGGCAGCAGCUUCAGGAGGGAAGCCCAGACAGCCCUCACCCCAGCCACUUCCACCAGCUUCUACGGGGGGAUUCCCAGGCGCUCCCAGGCCAGGCGAGAGAUAUAAUCCCUCCACCUGGUCCUGGCCACAAGGUCCCCUCACGGUGGGACAUAUCUGGAACCCCCUCUAACGGGAGGCGUCCUAACCAGAUGCCCGAGCCACCUCAGCUGACUCCUCUGGAUGCGGAGGAGCAGCGGUUCUACUCUGAGCGCCUUCCAAGUGUCCGAGCUCCUUAAACUAUCUCUAAGGCUGAGCCCGGACACCCUGCGUAGGAAACCACUUGUAUCUGCAAUCUCGUUCUUUCAGUCAUUACCCAAAGUUCAUGACCAUAGGUGAGGUUUGGCACGUAUAUCAACCGAUAAAUCGAGAGUCUCGCCUUACGGCUCAUUGUCCGUAGGUCAGUGAUCGACUUUGUAUAGAGGGAGCUGCAUCCCUAAAUGGUCUGGCUGCCCUUAUAGACGGUCAAUUAGCAAAUAGAUGGGAAGUACUUUGUUUAAUUACCCAAUCUCAAUAAUGGCUAGUCACUUCAGUGAACUGUACUUAAGGUCUUUCAGAGCCAGCCAGACAAUAAGUUUUAUUCUUGUGAUGACAACAUCAUUUAGUCCCAUUUACAUAUAUAUUAAUCACGGUUUGGCUCGAGAACAUGCAAAAGCUCUAUUUCCUUUGAUUAAAUUUCACCAUCUUGAUUUUAUCCUACCUCAUCUUAAAAUGUUGCUGCCUUGUUUGUUGUUUCACCCCUGCUCCUUCUUUCAAUGGCUCCCAGGCUCAACACUGUCUUAUCAGGCUUGUGCACAUUCAGAGUGUUGUUGGAUGUGCAGUCGUUGCCAUGACAGACUCUCCAAUCCUCAGUGUGCUGUGCGGUUUGUCGAGAGCCUCUGAUAUUUUUGUCAAAGACUUAAUUUGAUCCACUCAAAACGUCAAACCUUUCCUCUGCUGAAGCAUUGAAUCACGAUGGAAUAACACUUCUGCGCAAAAAUAAAAGCACCUGAAGAGGCGGUUUGCCUGUUUGCAGAUGAUGGAGUAGUUUAUACUCUGGAGGGAAAUCUGUGCCUCUCAUUUUGUAUCUUGUCCUUGACGUCUAACAAUGCAAUUACCUUCUAUUUGCCAAACAAAUAUGCUGUUACAUAACCCAUGAUUCAUAUAUUUACUUUCACUAGAAGAAUGCAGAAAUUCAGUAUUGUUUUGGUUCGCUUAAAAAUAUUCACUCCAUAUGUAGAAGAUGUCUCAGGCUUAUUUGGCCGCUGCUGCUUCUCUCAGCUGCCAGACUUUCUCUCCUCCGCUCCGGUCUGCCAGAGCCUUUGAGACAGGCAACUGCGUCACCAUGACAACUGUGUUUGCGUUCUCAUUGGUUGGCAGGUUGCCGCGGCAGCAGCCACCGAAAGCGGAGAGUACAGCGGGAGAGGGGGCCCCACCUCGGAGUCCUCCUCGGGGACGUCUAAGCUCAGCUCCAAAAGUGCCAAAGAGCGACGCAACAGGCGGAAGAAGAGGAAACAGAGGGAGGAGGAGGAGGAGAGGGGGGCGCGGGACAAGUUCCACAAGUCUGAGUCUGAGGACAGCAUCAAGAGGUCCAGCUUCCGCUUCUCUAUCGAUGCCAACAGGCUGUCUUAUGAGAAGAGAUGCUCCUCACCCAACCAGGUAAAUAAAUCCCGAAGCAUUCUCAGACUGAAACUAAAUUGAUCUGGAGCAAUCCACUGUCUGUGGACAUAGGUCAAAGCUGCAUCCACAAAUGCAGGUUAUCAGUCAUCUAUAUAAACAGAAAUGUCCAGAUUUUACAAUAAAUAGUGGAAAACUCUCCUGAGAUCUGAUGAAUCAAAAAUUUGCCAUUCCCUUUGGAAACCACGGACGCCAUGUUCUUUGAUCUACAGAAGAAAGGCACAACACAGCUUACGAGUUAAUAAUAGUGCAAAAGCAAGCACUAAUGAUGGAAUGAGGAUGGAUUUAGCUCAUGGUAUGGGUAGCUAGAGGAGCAUGGGAGGACACCAUUAAUGCUUAAAGGUUAAAACAUACUCCCCAAACCUCCAGUGCUCUACUUUCUCCUUUCUAACUCAGAUUUUCUUACUUUCUUUCUCUCUCAGUCUCUUCUCAGUAUCCGUGGCCCUCUCUUUUCACCUCGAAGGAACAGCCGUGCCAGCCUGUUCAGCUUUCGAGGACGGGCGCGCGACAUGGGCUCCGAGAACGACUUCGCAGACGACGAGCACAGCACUUUUGAGGAGAGCGACAGUCGGCGUGGCUCCCUGUUCUUGCCGCGUCGUCUUGAGCGCCGCUGCAGCGCUGUGAGCCAGACAAGCCUAGGAGCGCCUCGUAUCAUGCUCCCCGCCAACGGCAAGAUGCACUGCACCGUCGACUGCAACGGUGUGGUGUCGCUGGUCGGCGGAACUUCAGUAACAACCUCCCCUGUAGGUCUCCUGCUACCUGAGGUGACUGUUGGUUUCAUGUUUUAUUUUCCCAUUGGCUUCCUUUUUAUUAUAAUUCCUUUGCUCUUGUUUAAUUACUCAUUUCAACUCAAGUCAUUUUUGUGUGUUUUCCUUUUUUUUGAAAAAGUUGAACGAAAAUCUCAAUUUUUCCUCAUGUUCUGUGCUCAGUUGCAUUUUUAAGUUAUUGUGCUUAUUGUUUGAUCCAAAAAAGGUAAGGUCUGUGAUGUUUUGUAUCUCUAGCCUACUAAACUUUAAAAAACACAGGAAGUAGCCAUUGCCAGGGCAACGCAGGCAUCUCAUGGACACUGUAAAUUUGCUCUAAAGGGCACUUGGUUUACUUGAAAUGUAUCCAGAGGGCACUUUGUUUACAUUUAAUCCACUCGGGGGAUAUAGUUAAUGGUGUUGCCAAUUGCGUUUUCAAGCUCUUCCACGUUUUUACAUUUCCCUUUGUGUCAAAUAUUGCUUAAAUGUCUGUUUUCUGAUGUUUUUUUUAGGGGACAACCACAGACACUGAACUUAAAAAGCGACGGUCAGGUUUCCACCAACCAUCCAUGGAUUAUUUAGAUGAACCAGGGGGCAGGCCAAGGGCCAUGAGUGUGGCCAGUAUCCUUACCAACACCAUGGAAGGUAAAAAUCUGAUCAUUUCUUUGCACUUUAAGAAACAAACUGGACUAUAUAUAUAUACUGGACUGGUUAUUGUCUUUUUUUCAGAGCUUGAAGAGUCCAGACAGAAGUGCCCCCCCUGCUGGUAUCGAUUUGCCAACACCUGCCUGAUCUGGGAUUGUUGCCCUCAAUGGCUGAAAAUCAAGGAGAUUGUCAACAUGAUCGUCAUGGAUCCAUUCGUGGAUCUAGCCAUCACAAUUUGCAUUGUCCUCAACACUCUUUUCAUGGCUAUGGAGUAUUACCCCAUGACGAAAGAGUUUGACAACGUCCUCUCGGUUGGAAACCUGGUAAGCAUUGUUCUGUUACAAACCCACACUGGACGCAACAAGACCUAAAAAAGCAUGUCUCUGAAAGAGGAUGAGUAUAAACCCACUAUCUGCUCUGUGUCUUUAGGUGUUCACAGGUAUUUUCACAGCAGAGAUGUGCUUCAAGAUUGUCGCACUGGAUCCCUACUACUACUUCCAGGAGGGUUGGAACAUCUUUGAUGGCAUCAUUGUCAGUCUGAGCCUGAUGGAGCUGGGCUUGGCCAACGUAGAAGGCCUGUCUGUGCUCAGGUCCUUCAGAUUGGUAAGCACACUGUGGUUUUCCUGUCAGAUUUUAGAAAAACGGUAUUUAUCGGCUCGGAAGAAAAGUUGAAAUGUACCUGUACCUUCAGAGUGAGGACACAAUGGCUCUCAAUAGCAUCCAGGCUAUUAAUAAGGUAAUAAGGUAAUGAUGUAAUGACGGCUCUUCAGCGGCACAUGGACAGCCCCAUGGAGAGCUGUUGUUGCCUUAAGGGCGCAGUGUGUUUUUACUCUAGUCAUAUAGUCAUUAGCUCUUUGCUGCUGCUGUGCAGUUCGUGAUUUCAGUCAUUUGCACCCUAUAAGACUCUGAAGUAUGGUUCAAGCUGAUGCAGCAAAACUACAGCACAGCUUCGUCCCAUUUUAGUAAGAGUUUGUCAGUCUGUGAAUUGCUAACAGUAUCAAUACCACUAUUAAACUGUUAAAUUAGAUUUUUAGAAAGAUUUAUGUAAUUGCUAGUUAGCCAGAUGAAUUUAUGCUCCAGUACCCUAAAUUUUACCUUUGAAUUUCUUUUCCAACAGUUGAGGGUCUUCAAGUUAGCCAAGUCCUGGCCAACUUUGAACAUGCUGAUCAAGAUCAUCGGUAACUCAGUGGGAGCUCUGGGGAACUUGACUCUUGUUCUGGCCAUCAUCGUCUUUAUCUUCGCUGUGGUGGGCAUGCAGCUGUUCGGCAAGAGCUACAAGGAGUGUGUGUGCAAGAUAUCUGAUGACUGUCAGCUGCCGCGCUGGCACAUGCACGAUUUCUUUCACUCCUUCCUCAUCGUGUUCCGGGUGCUGUGCGGAGAGUGGAUCGAGACCAUGUGGGACUGCAUGGAGGUGGCUGGACAGUCGAUGUGCCUGAUCGUCUUCAUGAUGGUCAUGGUCAUUGGAAACCUGGUGGUAUGGGAUUCAUUAAAAAUAUAUUUUUUUAGAUGUUUUGUCUGGGUUUUAUGAUUAACCAGUUCUGGUUUGGGCCUCCCAUAGUACCUUCAUUGGAUUUUAAUAUCUGGUAUCAUGCGUUGGGUAGUAGGUGUUAGGUAUCUGGAACCAGGUGUCAGGAAUUGGGUUUCUGGUAUGAGUGGGAGUACCAUAUCAGUAUAGGCUCCAAUCUACAUCUCAGCCAAUAUUGGACUGGUAAAUGGGAUCCAUACAUCUUCAAUUAUUGGCUAGCUCUUUGAGACAAAGAGUAAUUUGCUUUAGAAUUUGUAUUUUUAUUAUUUUAUUAAAUGGAUUGGUCAAAUCUUGUAAUGGACUUCUAUGAAUUCUAACUCAUCUAUGCCCUGUUGUCCACAACUGUCCAGGUCCUUAAUCUGUUCCUGGCUCUCUUACUGAGCUCAUUCAGCGCCGACAACCUGGCAGCAACCGACGACGACAGUGAGAUGAACAACCUGCAGAUUGCCGUGGGCCGGAUCCAAAGAGGUAUCGCCUUUAUCAAAUCCGCCGUAAGACAGUUCCUCCGCAGCCUCUGCUUCGAUGGAUCCGGUAAGGGCUCUGGUCUUGCUGAGGAGAGCAAACCGCUGGAUGAACUGCACAGCAACGGCAAAGGCAACUGCAUCUCCAACCACACCGCAGUAGAGAUUACCAAAGACCCAAGUGGGGUGUACAUGACGGAGGGCAACGGACGGCCGGGAGGCGGGCUGGUGGUUGGGGUCGGGGUUGGUGGGGACACUACGGGGAAUUACCCAAUGGAGGAGUGCGACUACAUGUCAUUUAUUCAUAACCCCAGCUUGACAGUGACUGUUCCUAUAGCUGUGGGCGAGUCAGACUUUGAGAACGCGAACACAGAAGAUUUUAGCAGUGACUCAUCGGAUGUGGAGGGCAGCAAGGAGGUAAGAUGAAAGACUUUUUCUUGAAAAUCUUCUGGGUUACAUCAUGGCGGUGUUUUAAAUAGCUCCCUUUUCAGCCGAAUGGUUAACGAAGCAAGUCAAUCAAUGCGCGAAUAUGUCAAGAGUGGCUGAUUAGAAAUGGCCUUUUCAGAAAGGUUUCCAACAGUCAUGUAAUUAAAAGUUGCUGACUCAUUUGUGAAGUCUCUUCUUGCGUUACAACAAGACAUACGACCAAAACUUGAGUUACUUUGGGUAGAGUUACAUGGUCGACUUGAUAAUUUAUGUAGUCUACUAUGAUAUGGUGUUGAGGGACAUAAGGGACAGCCUCCACAUAUUGCUGAGUCAUUGUGUACCAAAAUGACAACUGAUUUAAAGUAUUUAAGUACUCAACAAUUGGCCAAAAAUUCAAAAAGAAGUCUAAUUUUCCUCAAACUUAAUUGUCCAGGACUCAAAUCCAAACCCUAUAGUCUCAAUCUCUGGUCUCAAAAAGCUGUAAGACUUGGACUCAUCUAUUGACCAUUGACCUCAGCAAAUGAUAAAAUGAACACCUAGGACUUGGAGUCAAGAAUCAGACUUAGACAAGGUUUGGUGACUUGACUACAACACUGAUUUAUAAUAUUAGAGCAAACAGCAGGCUGGCUAUUGUGUACGCCAGGCUGACAGCGCAUUGGGACUGUGCACCCUGGUGAUGUCAAGCUGCCACUGUGGGUGUGGUGCCAAUUCCCUGUGAUUCAAAACAACCCUGGAGACUAUUUCUAGCCAUGGCACCACAUGCUCCAUAUCUGGAUUAGGCUGUGCUUUCUUUAAACACCACCCGUCCCCUUCAUCCCCACACCCUGAAGCCAGGGCUUGGUUCAUUGCAGUAAUAAAGCAUCAGAUAUUUAAACAUUUCUUACCACUAAUGAGACUAGGCGUGCAUUUUGUUGAGUCAUAGUCAAUGUCAAAACAGGAUCCCACUCUUUUGCAUGUUAUACUCUGUGAGAGAAGUCCUAAAUGUUGUUCUCUGAAUCUAACCUGUCCCCCUUUGUGUUUAGCGGCUGACCAGUGAAAGCAAACUUGAACUUUUGGUGUGUUUGACUCACUUUGUUUAACCCCCCGUUUGUUAUUGCAGCGGUGUCAGAGACGCUCUCAAGGUUUUCAAUGAAAGGAGAAUUGUAAGACCACUUUAUUGUACCAUAGCACUAACCAUGAGGACUGCCUAUGCCAUUUACAGACGAACGAUAUGUUUUUUUCUCAUACCUUCAAUGGAUUGCCCAUUUUUCGUUCUUUGCCUGGUCUGCCCACCCCACCUUACCUCCCCACCCACCCUCUUUGCUUUUAACCCUUCCCUUUCCAAUACAGCAGCACACUCGAUGCUGUAACCCUUAAGUUUCCCCUUACCCCCUCUCCCCACCCUUUCAUAACUGAUCUCCAAACAUCAGGCUGUUCUGCAGCUCCAAACCAUUAGGAAUGAGCGACACCACCUUUCUCCAUUGAUAGUCAUCUAACAUGGUCUUUGCUUUUGACUCCAUUGCUUGGUUUUUGACUUGGUUUUUUGGGACUUGAUUGGCAUCCCACACUCCGAGCUUGAGAAUGAAGGAAGAGAGGAGGUGUAGGAGGACAAGGAGAAAUGAAAGAGAGAUGGAAUUGAGGAAUGAAUUUUGCUGUAGUUUGACAAAAUUCAUUUGUCCGGAUCAUAGCCCAUGCAUACACACAUGAAAAACUUGAAUGUACUUGUUUUCUGUGAAACUCAAAUAACGCUGGAAUGAUGUAAGACCUCAGUAAGAAUCAUUAUAAGGAGAUAAAUUUAAAGUAAAUGCAUCAAGACUGAUUUUUGCAGCUUGGCAAACAGAUGACACAUGGCAAAUCAAAUUAAAUGAUGCAUCUAUCAAAGGUGAUUUCUGGACUCCCAAAUGGCACACCAUUCUCAUUCAAUAUAAGGUGUUAAUAAUUUGCUAAAAUAAUUACAAAACAGCAUCCCAAUUCUUUGGAAUUGGAGUUGAACUUGUACAAGUAGUAAAUCCUAAAUUUUUGUACUUCCACGCCUGUGUUAUCUUGUUUUGUUCUUCUGUAACUAUCUUGCUUCCGAGCUAAAAUAAUUAAAAAAACACUUGCCAACAUAUCCCCUAAUUUUAAAAGUCAGGUUUUGAGGAAAGGCCUCAUAAAAUCCAUGUUCAGUCAAAGCAAAAUGGGUUUCUUGCUGAAGGAGAGAAAGAGAAACCAGAUGGAAACGCUCCUCCAGAAAAUGAUGCACUUGUGAGCAGCAUGCUUCCAUCAUUCCCAUGCCGUAUUAGCUGGGUCCCACGGCAAUCAGAGCUGCUGCACUGUCUAGGAUGACAUGUUUACACCUCACAUGCCAGACAGGUCAGAUAUGAGGUUACAUAACACUGCAUUUGCCAGAAGAAAAGGAUAGGAAACCUCAAACUUUCAAAAAAGUCUCUCAGUAUGCAGAUGAUGGUGUAGUUUAUGUUACACAACUGCUUUUAAGGGUUUGAGGGGAGUGCUGCAUGGAGUCAAAUCUAAAGUUUGAAGGAAUGACUUGAAGAAACACUUGUAUAUACACGUGUUUUGCAUAGAAGAGGUGUACUACAGUUAAUCCUGUAUGCUUUCUGGGUGUCCAUGAGAUCAAUCCAACUAGCUUUACAAAUAGGAACAAAAAACUUGCCCACAUGCUGUCUUAUAAACAGUGCACAGUACUGGUUUUUGCUGGUAAGCUAAUGUGGUUAUCCGUCUACUUCAACACCGACAGAAGAAGCUUGUACACUGCUUUAAAGGAAUGGAAUAAACGUGUUUUCAUGCCACUGAUGAAAAUGUAGAGGGGGGUGGGUUCUAGCUUUGAGGGCUGGGAGAGCAGUUUUCGCAUGAACGAUUUUCAAGAUGAGAUCAUUUAUAAUUGGGAUCAUUUUUCAGUGGACAUGAAAAUACUUCAGCACACGUUCUGCUUGGUACUAUUUCAGGCUUGGAUUGGUAAUGCACUGGAAUACUGCAUGCACUCUUCCUCGAAGUGAGGUAACAUCAAACGUACCCACAGCGCCCUUUUCCGUAACGCCAACCUCCUUGUGCCGUGUGUUGCCACAUAAUCGGAUUUGAACCAUCAGAUAAAAGUCGUAACAGAGCCUGUAGGUACAUUUGAUCGAUGCUGCAUGUGAUGAUGAAAAUACAAUGACUUUAAAAAGCCCAACUCUGAGCUAUUUCAGUGCCUAGUCUCCACACUAAGGUAUGCAGUUGUGGCACUGGGGUAGAUGAGAAUACAAUGAUAACCAGCUCAGAAGGUUGGCUCCUAUAACCCCUGAGUUUCCUUCUCUCCAGGCUGUACAGUGUAAUUAUUCCUCUCAUUUUCUUCCUCAUCCAUGCAGAAGUUGGACGUAGAGCCCCAGCAUCUGAGCUCAUCCGAGGGGAGCACGGUUGAUAUCCGGCCCCCGGGAGAUGGGGUGGAUUCAGUGGAGCUGGAGCCAGAGGAGUCACUGGACCCAGAGGCCUGCUUCACAGAGGGUGAGGAGAGAGAGAGAGAUGAGUUAGGGAUGUGGGAAAGUGGGGCAGAAAGGUGGGAGUUGAACCGCUCACACAGCACAUUUCAAGAGGUAAAGGAAAUCGCGUUAACUGCUCGCGCUUUGCCCCCAGUGUAUUAUAUUUACGGCUGAGUGACGGUGAACUCAAAUGCUCGGCAGAACAGAAAGGGAAGUAGUCCGUGGGAAAGUCUUGGUAUGUAAUGUAACCUGACACCUAGUCUGACACACCUCCAGUGCAAAUCAGAGCGCACGGAUACCUCCUCGGUUUUCUGUACGACAGGGUAUUUAGGCCAAAUUAUAAGUGAAACUUUGAAUAUUAAGAUAUACUGUACAUAUAUAAUAAUACAAGAGUCAAGUUGAAGAUUUUUGAAGAAAAAAUGUCAGCUUUAGGUCUGCAGUUUUCCCUGUAUGUUAUUUUAAAAGAGAAUAUAUUAACAUGCUCAUUUUCCUCACUACCUAAAGGCUGUGUGAGCAGAUUCCAGUGCUGCCAAAUCGACGAAGAGGGGGGACAUUAUAAGAGUUGGUGGACCCUCAGGAAAACCUGCUUUAUAAUCGUCGAGCACAAUUGGUUUGAGUCCUUCAUCAUAUUUAUGAUCCUGCUCAGCAGUGGAGCGCUGGUGAGUCAAGCGUCCGCUUCCUAUUAUGACACAAAACCAGGGACUGCCAGUCAUUUGAAUUUUCUCUGUGUUGCACAGGCGUUUGAGGACAUUUAUAUUGAGCAGCGGAGGAACAUCAAAACAGUGCUGGAGUACGCAGACAAGGUCUUUACUUACGUCUUUAUCCUGGAGAUGCUUUUAAAGUGGGUGGCGUACGGCUUCGUCAAGUACUUCACCAACGCCUGGUGCUGGCUGGACUUCCUCAUUGUUGAUGUACGUAUAUUCAGUGCCCUAUCUCCUAAUAUUGGGUCAUUUAAAUGUCUGAGUUCACUCCGUCUACAAAAAAAAUGAUAUGCUAACUAAAUACUGUCUCAGAGCUGCACAAAUAUCUGGUGACAUUUAGGUUAUUGUUUUUAAAAUUUAUGAUUUUAAUGUUUCUAAUGUUUAAGUUUAUCCAUGUCAAUUACAAGUUACCUCAUGAGAUCUAAACUUCAAAAUCUUUCAAAUGAAAUAUCAGUUGAAUCCUAAAAAUUAAAGAAUUAAUGUCCCCUAAUUGAUAUUUCUGCAAAUCUCCAAAACAGUUUCCAUACAGAAAGUAAAAAUAACUCUGAGUCAUUUUUAUUUCUGUCAUAUCUUUAUCUGAACAAGACUUUCCUCUUCACCUUUAAAAUUCUUUAUCAUCUCUUUAAUUUCGUGCAGACUCCUCAUUAAUGCCUAAUGAACCAUUCAGUUCAAACACUCAGGCCGACCCUGUCUCUGAUCCCUCACCUUUCCCCCCCCUGCUCGUCCCUCAGGUGUCCCUGGUCAGUCUCGUAGCCAACGCUCUGGGCUACUCCGAGCUCACCGCCAUCAAAUCUCUGCGAACGCUGCGAGCCCUGAGGCCCCUGAGAGCUCUGUCUCGGUUUGAGGGUAUGAGGGUAAGGAUAUUUGGAGUAACAGCGACACAGAACCGGCUUGUUAAGUAUGACUGUUUGCGGGCGAGCUAAAAGCUAACGUAGCUGCUGCAUGUUUUACAAAUCUUUCAAAAAUCGUCAUAAAUUUAGGUCAAUAAAAGCAGCUUUCUGCUUUUAGCGAGCCCCCAAAUGUUAAUCAAAAAAUGUGAUUGUAACCACAUUAUUUUAUUAACUUCUCUCUGUCAAAUUAAAGAGACCCUUUUGUCUGUAUCUGCUUGUCUUCUCCUUGACUUGAAUGAAUAUUUUACAAAUCUCUACUUCCUAUAUUUCAUAGCUAAUGUUUGAUGUUAGUUGAUGGUUUUAGCUUGUUUUUAGGGCGCCUGAAUGUAAGACUGCACGCUUCUUUCUACUUCUGUAGUUAUCUUUUCUCCGCGGUUCAGCGCUGUACUUCCUCUAUCUGCAUGACCUUGUUCACAUUGUGUCAAUAGAUGACCGGACAUAGCUCUUCUCAGGCAUUGUUCUCUGACGUUGCUUGUGUGGUGCCUUUUGACCUGUAAUUUUUUUCUUUGUUGUGUGUCUUUUUUUCAUUUACAGUCAAACAAAAUGUUGUGACUUCAUCCCGCCUCUCUAAGGUUUUUUUCUGUUUUGCUUUUUUACCUAUCAAAUGUUAGCUUUUUCUCCUGUCCACCUUCCUCUUUCCAACUGUGAUGUUGUUAAAUUCUCUUUGUAGAGCUUUAUGGAUGCAGACAUUAGAUAUUUAAUACAGCUUUUAAUAAUGCAGGAACAGCAUGAAUUUUUUAAGAGUCUUGGCUCUGGUAUCAGCUUUAACAGCUCAGUCAAAUCAGGUUAAGUGAUUAGAUGAUUGCCACUUAUCUAACAUCGAACAGACUCUUUAUUUGGGGGCUGUGUUUCUUUCUUGGGAGUCCUGAGUUUGUGUAUGUGCUUCACCCUCCCCAGGUUGUGGUGAACGCGCUGCUUGGGGCCAUCCCCUCCAUCAUCAACGUGCUGCUGGUCUGCCUCAUCUUCUGGCUCAUCUUCAGCAUCAUGGGCGUCAACUUGUUCGCAGGGAAGUACUAUCACUGCGUCAACACCACCACCGAUGAAAACAUCCCAAGUAGCGUUGUCAACAACAAGUCCGACUGCUUGAAUUUGGCCAAUGACAGCGCUCGUUGGAGGAACGUCAAAAUCAACUUUGACAAUGUAGGGGCCGGAUAUCUGGCUCUGUUGCAAGUGGUGAGUUUUGAGUGGAAGACACAGCUAGCAUGAUUUAAUAAUUGCAGAAAAUAUCAAAGUAUAAAUGUGUGAAGAUGUUUUCAGAAAGGAACUCUGCAGCUCCCUAGAUACUCCGAUUGUCUGGAUUGUUUUUAGGAACCUUAACUUAACUUAACUUGCCACUUUCAAAUUAGGUGUGAAUGUGAGUGUGGAUGGUUGUUGGUCUUAAUAUAUCAGCCCUGCGAUGAACUGGCGACUUGUCCAGGGUGUCCCGUACCUUUGACUGAAGAUGCUGGGAUAGGCUCCAGCCCCCCUGCGCCCCCUAAUGGGAAAAAGGAUGGAUGGAUGGAUGGAUGCAUACUGAGGUACCACAACAACCCUAUGAUGACCUAUCACAUUGAUUCUUCUCUCUUCUUUUUCCAGGCCACAUUUAAGGGUUGGAUGGACAUCAUGUACGCAGCAGUGGACUCUAGAAACGUACGUGUGUUGAUGCUUGAAUGGGGAUUUUACAGAUUGCUAUCAGAAAAUACCUCCGUAUAAAAUCCAGUUACAUUUCAUGUUAUAUUUUUGCUUUGUCUUGUUUUCUCCAGUUGGAAGAACAGCCUGAAUAUGAAGUGAACCUCUACAUGUACCUCUACUUUGUCAUUUUCAUCAUCUUCGGCUCCUUCUUUACCCUCAACCUGUUCAUUGGCGUGAUCAUCGACAACUUCAACCAGCAGAAGAAGAAGAUAAGUCACACUUAGAAACUGUUAAAACUAGACUAAACAAGGUGCUAAGUUUAAUCCUUGAAAUGGAGGAAUCACCUUCUAGUAAGUAGCACCUGUCUACACCUCAUUUGAAGAUCAACAUAUCCACCGGAUGCAAGUUGACAUGUUAUCUACACACCAUGAGUCCUGGGCAUAAAACUAGCAACUGCAUUGGGUGGAAAAUGAGUCUUACGCUGCACGGCAAAGUGCUUCACAUAGAGACCCUUACGUUUGUCGAAGCCCUGACUAAGGCCUCUGUACAUGGAGCAAAACUGGUGUGCAGAUUUUAACACCUGAAGCUCCAGUAGGAACCAUUCAAAUAAAAGUGUAAUGACCCUUACUUCAGCAAACAAAGGAAGUCCUUAAAAGACAACGGUUUUGUAUACCAAGCCAGUCCCCCUUUUCAAGGCUAAAAUAACACUCAGUUUGUUGGUCCAUUUUGCUUGCUGUUAUCAGCGUUGACUCUGCACUGAGUGGUCACAAUCCAACACACAACAGGUGCCAACCCUGUGAUACAAAUUGCCAACUACAUGCAAAGCCUGGCUACAAAACGGAUGAAAAAGCAGGUCCAGCCAAAGCAGACCCACAGCUGUGUUUAAGGAAAAACCGAGCCACAAAAUAACGGUUUUCUUUAGCAUGGUGCCAAGGAUUUCUGAGGGUGCAUGAGUCACUGUGAUCAUCCCUCCUACAAACACAUAUACAGUAUAUAUACGCACCUGCAGAGUCAUGGUGAGAGUCUGGAAAUGUGCCUUCCAUUCAACUGAGUCCUAACAAGUAGAAUUGGCAGUGCUGUCGAAAGAGGGAAUGGGGAAGGAGGAAAGGGGGGUGUGCACUGUGGUUUGCUGGGUGGAUGUACUUCACCGCCUGUGUGAGACAUUGUAUCAGUAUGUGUGGCUCAGCAGCCCCAAAGCAACGGCGUCACACACAGAUGGUUGUUCAGUGUUGACACCAGUCCUCCCUCCAGACGUGCAUCAUGCACUCACUGAGCAGAACUGAGUGUGAUGUGUGAGCUGGGUGAGACAUGGCGAAAGGGGACUCGUUUAUUUGACUAAUGAGGCCGAAGUGACUGUGUUUGGCGAAAUUUUGACAUUUAUUAAACAAGUUAUCGUCAUGUGAUUCAUUUCAGUGCUACAAAAAGUCAAAAGUGAAUUGGUCCUGAGCAUUGGUUCCAUUUGUACCUCACAACUGUAAACACCGCUGUAUGCUGGUCUCAGUUACUCGUUCUGGUUGUCUUAUGUUGGUAGAUGUUCUGGGUGUGUUGUUUCUCUCGACCACAAGAUGAGGCAAGAACAUUUUUUAAGUUACGGUGGUGCAAAGCUAGCUAAACAUGGUUGUGACCAAGUUUUGUGUUCUCCCUUUACUUUGGAGGUCAAGACAUCUUCAUGACUGAAGAGCAGAAGAAAUAUUACAAUGCCAUGAAGAAACUGGGCUCCAAGAAACCCCAGAAACCAAUCCCGAGGCCUGCGGUAAGACUCUGAUAAUUCUCGCCAAUGGACCAAAAGCUGAGGUGUACCUUGACUAAUAAACAUUAACUUUUGUUUCUUGUCCUUCUCUUCCUCCAGAACCCAUUCCAAGGCUUUGUGUUUGACAUUAUCACAAAACAGGCCUUUGACAUUGUUAUCAUGAUCCUCAUUUGCCUUAACAUGGUGACCAUGAUGGUGGAGACGGAUGACCAGACACCAGAUAUGGACAAAAUCCUGUACUGGAUCAACUUGGUCUUCAUCGUGCUUUUCACUGGGGAGUGUGUGAUGAAGAUGAUCUCCCUUCGUCACUACUACUUUACUAUUGGUUGGAAUAUAUUUGACUUUGUUGUGGUGAUCUUGUCCAUUGUAGGUGAGUAGAUCUCUAAGAUUUGUAGAAUUCUGUUACAUUUUGAGAGAAAUACAGUGUUGAAUGAUGUUUUGUUUUUUUGCCUUUUUAGGUAUGUUUUUAUCUAAAGUAAUUGAGAAGUACUUUGUAUCCCCGACACUGUUUCGAGUGAUCCGUCUGGCCAGAAUUGGACGCAUCCUCCGCCUUAUCAAAGGUGCCAAAGGCAUCCGGACACUUCUGUUUGCCUUGAUGAUGUCCCUUCCCGCCCUUUUCAACAUCGGCCUUCUCCUCUUCCUUGUCAUGUUCAUCUACGCCAUCUUCGGCAUGUCUAACUUUGCCUACGUGAAGCGGGAGUCAGGAAUUGAUGACUUGUUCAAUUUUGAGACUUUCGGGAAUAGUAUGAUCUGUUUGUUUCAGAUCACCACAUCAGCCGGUUGGGACACCCUUUUGGCGCCAAUUCUGAACAAGAGAGAGCCAGACUGUGACAGCCAAAUGGAGCAUCCUGGGAACUACUACAAAGGCAACUGUGGCAACCCAGCAGUGGGUAUAUUCUUCUUUGUUAGCUAUAUCAUCAUUUGCUUCCUCAUUGUGGUCAACAUGUACAUUGCCGUCAUAUUGGAGAACUUCAGCGUAGCCACAGAAGAGAGCGCUGAGCCAUUGAGCGAAGACGACUUUGAGAUGUUCUACGAAGUGUGGGAACGUUUCGAUCCAGAUGCUACUCAGUUCAUGGAGUACAGCAAGCUCUCAGACUUUGCCGAUGCCCUGGAUCCACCACUUAGGAUGCCCAAGCCGAAUAUGAUCCAACUCAUCUCAAUGGACCUGCCAAUGGUAAGUGGUGAACGCAUCCACUGCCUGGACAUCCUAUUUGCCUUCACAAAACGAGUCUUGGGCGAAGGUGGUGAGAUGGAUGUGUUGCGUGGGCAGAUGGAGGAGCGAUUUAUGGCCUCAAACCCCUCCAAGGUGUCUUAUGAACCCAUCACCACCACCCUCCGUCGUAAACAGGAGGACAUGUCGGCCAUAAUUAUCCAACGAGCCUUCCGCCGUUACAUGAUCCGCCUGGCCAUGAAGAAGGCCUCUGCCCUUUACAAGGAGCAGCUUAAGGAAGGAAUUCGUGACCCAGACAAGGAUGUCAUGGUCAUCAGCAAAUUCAACGAAAUCUCAACCUCAGACAAAACUGACAUGACCCCCUCCACAGCUUCCCCACCCUCUUACAACAGUGUGACGAAAUCAGACAAGGACAAAUAUGAAAAAGAAAACAGGGAAAAAGAAAAUAAAGGGAAAGACUUGAAAGACAGAAAGAAAUAGACUUUUUAAAAAGGAACAAAAUGCAUCAGAGACAUGAGAAUUUGUUUACAGCUUCAAUUGGGGGGGAAGUAGACGUGUGCUUGUGAGAUGAUUACUAGAAGAUGAAAAUUGCUAUGCUUGGGUGGCCCAAAAUGGGAUUGCGGCAAUGUCAUAUGUGAAUUCACAGUCUUCUCAGAGUGGAAACAAAUGAUCCAGCACACACUGCCAGAGAUUGACUGGAACAUGAAAAGCCUCUCUGCAAAACGCUUGUGAUUUUCCUAUUGGUUGUUGUUACUAUCUGACACACUUGAGUGUACUGUUAAGUUGUCUGUAGCUAGUGCUGCUGCUACUACUAUAAAUCCAGUGUCUUGAAAUUAACAAUCGCUGUAUCACUUAAACAAGUACUCUGCAUUUUUUUGGUUCUCUUUUUUAUGUACAAGGUUUCUUUUUUAAUGAGAAAGAAUGUUUUCUACUUUUUUGUGUCAUUAUCGUGAGAAUGUGUCCACGCUUUUACUGUUGUAAAAUCACCAAGGGCAGAAAAAGUCAAUGCUGGAAACUUAAACAACAUACGAACAUAUGAAGCAAGUACCACACAGGGUCGGCGCCAGAGUCGUCUUUGUCCGUACAGUGUACAAAGGUGAAACAAAGGCAUACUGUCAGAGUGCAAUGGGCAGAUACAUUCCUUUCACUGGGUUGCCAUCAGUGAAUUUUGACAUCUGUAUUUUGCUUCUAUCUCAUCAGAAAAUACAAGACUCUCUACUGAGAAGCUGAAUGUAUGCAAGGAAUGAGACACGAUUAAAGAAGCUGUUUGACAUUUCGGAAAACUGUCUGUUGCUUUUUUGCCUGGUGUGUCAUGAGAAGAUGAAUACCACUACAAUGUCAGCCCUACCUUAAAAAAGAAAAUUAUUAGCUAGACUCAACCUUAAGAUUGAAAACAUUGAAGUAACAGCUUGCCAGGCUCCCACUGGAGCUCAACAGUGUGACUGCCAGCAUGUUUAAAUACUGAAAUGACAAAAAGACAAAGACCUAAUAAAUCAACGUACAUUCUCAAUCAUCAUUUCUGAUACUCGAAAUUAGAGCUAGCUCAGCCGAGUAGCCUCUGUUCGAUCUGACACAAUACACAACAAGAUACAUUUACAUAAAAUAAGCUACAAUGUGAUUAGGUGUGGCAAAAUUUUACAUGACUUGACUCUAUAUUGUGUAAUUUUCAUGCAGCUAACACAUUUAACAUUGAUAAUUAACUUAAGCAGAGUGGUAUACGGGAGAUCUGCCAUAAUUAAACCAGCUGAACAGUUAGCCUUCAUGGCUCACAUAAGCUAGCUACUUCUUAGCUGUUUUUAAACUACAUCUAGAGUAAGCUAACUGCGUAUGAUGACAUUAAAGAUUGUAAAAUGCGCUGGUUCCCUGGCUUGCUAAAAAUAAAAGUCUCAGUGAAGUCGUUUCAGUGUGCGGCGGUUUUGCUGAGUUGUUGCAAGUGGGGUGCAUUUUUGCUAAUUUUAGCUUGAGUAAGCGACAAACAUUAGCACAGUAAGAAAAUGAUCAGUUAAAAGCUUUAAAAAAACAACAAACUUGCAUAUUUUACAUCUCCAUUACAUAAAUAAGUAUUUUUUUACUAUCUUAGAAAGCGUAUGUUGGCGUAUUUUGAGCCUUAGCUUAAGUGAGGCUAAGCUAAACAAUCCAGGCCAUAGCUCUGCAGUUAGCUAACAUACAGACAUGUAAAUGGUAUCAAUCUUCUCAUCUACCCUUCAGCAAGGAAGCACAGCAGCUUAUUUUUCAGAAAAGUCCCAUUCCCACCUCCUCCCCACAUACUCCAGAGCUGAAAUAAGUCUUUUUUUUUUACUAUCUUAGAAAGCGUUUGUAGGCGUUCCUUGAGCCUUAGCUUAAGUGAGGCUAAGCUAGCUAACAUACAGACAUGCAAAUGGUAUCAAUCUUCUCAUCUACCCUUCAGCAAGGAAGCACAGCAGCUUAUCCCACCUCCUCCCCACAUACUCCAGAGCUUCUCUAACAGCUAUCAGUCCAGAAAACCAGGAUAUCUCACUAAAUGGUCUAAGUUUGACAUAUUUGUAUGACAUUUCAUGUGGUUUUGGCGUAGUGGUUUGGUUUGUAAAUAAUAUAGCUAUUUGGGCCCACAGUAUGCAUCACACUUACAUUUGAUGUAAGAGCACUUUUUAUUCCCACUGCUAUGUUAUUCCACAUGUGGCGGUCAUAAAUGUAGGUGUGCGUGAGGAAAAGUUAGGCGCGUGUGUGUAUUUGUAUGUCUACGUGUAAAUUUGUAAAAAAGAUUUAAAAAAAGGAGCAGAUUUAAUUAUCUGUCUUCUUGUGUGAGGCGGGUUUGCGGUGUGCACCUGGGGUCUUUGGGUUGCUUUUGUUCCACCGAUUAUGAGAUUUUUACUGUACAUAAGAGUGCAAUUUUACAGUCAGCAGAUUUGUUUAACAUUUUUUCUAGAGCUACACUUUUUCAGUUCUUGCACUGUAACAUAUGAUGAAACACAUGUAUGGUCCCUCAUAUCUGUAGAUAUACAAACCAUGAAGCAAUCAGUCACCAUUUCUCAUUUUGCUUGUUGUGUUUUGGUGAACUGCAUGCAAGAAGUGACAACUGUCCGCUCAUGUGGUCUAAUGAUUUUAAAGCCAAAAGAAUUAAAGACAUAUUUUUUUGUAAAUGCUUCUUUAUUUUUCUUUAUUUUAAUUUUCCAUGAGGUUUUUUCCUGUGAUCUGAACCUGGACUAUGACUGCUUUACAUGAGGGGGUUUUGGUUGACAACAGGAUCAUUCAUGUGGUUCCAGUACGUUACAUUUAACUCUGUAUCGAUUUGCAAAAUGUGACAAGUGACAUUCUUUUGUUAUAACCAAAGAUGUUGCAACAAAACUCAAAACCUAGAUUUCCAAAAUAAAAGACGAUUUUGGGAAGCAACA